AGCCAGAACCGGACUGCGUUACGAGGGACUCUGUGUUUGCGGACUAAAUCUUUUUGGGUUACGGAUUGGAUUAAUAUCGGAGAAGUGAAAAUUUGUGUAGAUUUAUUUUGCUUUGACGUGUUCGGGGUCUGAAGAUUGAGAUAUGAGCGCUGUUGGACAAUGCAGAUCACUUUCUUGAUUGUGACUUGAAAGAGCUGGAGGUCCGAGGUUUUUCCUCCACACCGUUGCCUCUGUCCGUCGUGCCCUAUGGAGGACUAGUUGGAUGCUGCCUUGUUGAGAGAGGGACUCGAACAGCCAAACGCAGGGAGGAGAUUCUGACACACUGCACCAGCGUAGAUCGGAAGAGGGGCGAGGAUGUCAUCCAACAGAAGCCAGAACCCUCAUGGACUCAAACAGAUUGGGCUGGACCAGAUCUGGGAUGACCUGCGAUCGGGCAUUCAGCAGGUCUACACUCGCCAAAGCAUGGCCAAGUCUCGCUACAUGGAACUCUACACUCAUGUCUAUAAUUACUGCACCAGUGUACACCAGUCGAACCAGGCCCGCGGGCCGGGCAUUCCCCAAUCCAAACCUUCAAAGAAGGCACCCACUCCGGGAGGAGCACAGUUCGUGGGCCUUGAGCUCUAUAAGAGACUCAAGGAGUUCCUGAAGAACUACCUUACUAACUUACUAAAGGAUGGAGAGGACCUGAUGGAUGAGAGUGUUUUAAAGUUUUACACACAGCAGUGGGAGGAUUACCGGUUCUCCAGCAAAGUGCUCAAUGGCAUCUGUGCCUACCUCAACCGCCAUUGGGUGCGCCGCGAAUGUGACGAGGGUCGCAAGGGCAUUUACGAAAUCUACUCGCUGGCAUUGGUGACAUGGAGAGAAUGCCUGUUUCGGCCUCUGAACAAGCAGGUUACAAAUGCAGUACUGAAGCUUAUCGAGAAGGAACGAAAUGGAGAAACCAUCAACACCAGACUCAUUAGUGGUGUGGUUCAGUCCUACGUUGAGCUGGGCCUGAACGAGGACGACGCAUUUGCCAAAGGUCCCACUCUGUCUGUCUAUAAGGAAUACUUCGAGACUCAGUUCUUGGCUGACACUGAGCGCUUCUACACAAGAGAAAGCACUGAAUUUCUGCAGCAGAACCCGGUCACUGAGUACAUGAAAAAGGCGGAGGCACGGUUGCUGGAGGAGCAGAGGAGGGUGCAGGUCUACCUUCAUGAGAGCACACAAGAUGAGCUGGCCAGAAAGUGUGAGCAGGUUCUCAUUGAAAAGCACCUCGAGAUCUUCCACACGGAGUUUCAGAAUCUUCUGGAUGCUGAUAAGAACGAAGAUCUUGGUCGCAUGUACAACUUGGUGUCCCGGAUCACAGACGGUUUGGGGGAGCUCAAGAAGCUGCUUGAGACACACAUUUACAACCAGGGCUUGGCUGCUAUUGAGAAGUGUGGGGAGGCUGCGCUUAAUGACCCUAAAAUGUAUGUCCAGACUAUUUUGGAUGUCCAUAAGAAGUAUAAUGCUUUGGUCAUGUCUGCGUUCAACAACGAUGCUGGUUUUGUAGCUGCACUGGAUAAGGCUUGCGGGCGCUUCAUCAACAACAAUGCGGUCACCAAGAUGGUCCAGUCCUCCAGCAAAUCUCCUGAACUUCUGGCCAGAUACUGUGACUCACUGCUUAAGAAAAGUUCCAAGAACCCUGAGGAAGCAGAACUUGAAGACACUCUGAAUCAAGUGAUGGUGGUCUUUAAGUACAUCGAGGAUAAAGACGUGUUUCAGAAGUUCUACGCGAAGAUGCUGGCUAAGCGCCUGGUCCACCAGAACAGCGCUAGCGAUGACGCCGAGGCCAGCAUGAUCUCCAAACUGAAGCAAGCGUGCGGCUUCGAGUACACGUCCAAACUGCAGCGCAUGUUCCAGGACAUUGGCGUCAGCAAAGACCUUAAUGAACAGUUCAAGAAGCACCUCACCAACUCGGAGCCCUUAGACUUGGACUUCAGUAUUCAGGUGCUGAGCUCGGGUUCCUGGCCCUUCCAACAAUCCUGCACUUUUGCUUUGCCUUCUGAGUUGGAGAGGAGCUACCAAAGGUUCACCGCCUUCUAUGCCAGCAGACACAGUGGCCGCAAGCUCACCUGGCUCUACCACCUGUCCAAGGGGGAACUGGUCACCAACUGCUUUAAGAACAGAUACACCCUGCAGGCCUCAACAUUUCAGAUGGCCAUCCUGCUACAGUACAACACAGAGGACGUGUACACAGUUCAGCAGCUGACCGACAGCACACAAAUCAAAAUAGACAUUUUGGUGCAAGUUCUGCAAAUUUUAUUGAAAUCCAAAUUGCUGGUCCUGGAAGAUGAGAACGCUAACGUGGAUGAGGUGGAGUUUAAACCAGAUACGCUCAUAAAGCUCUACCUGGGUUAUAAGAAUAAAAAGCUGCGAGUGAACAUAAACGUGCCAAUGAAAACCGAGCAGAAACAGGAGCAGGAAACCACCCACAAAAACAUCGAGGAAGACAGAAAGCUCUUAAUACAGGCAGCCAUAGUGCGAAUCAUGAAAAUGAGGAAGAUGCUAAAGCACCAACAGCUCCUAGCUGAAGUCCUGAACCAGCUCUCCUCCAGGUUCAAGCCCAGAGUCCCUGUCAUUAAGAAAUGCAUCGACAUUCUGAUAGAGAAGGAAUACCUGGAGAGAGUGGACGGAGAAAAGGACACUUACAGCUACCUAGCUUAAAUAUUUCCCUUCCAUCCUCCCCAUCGUCCUCCCCCCUGUCUCUCUUGCUCUAUUUUAAUUUGCCCCUUAUGUAAUAAACAUCAUUCCUUUUGA